UCAAGGUUAUAGGAUCAAUCGGUGACAAUACAUGUAAUGCAACUUCUCUUCAGGACAGCGAGGUAACUUGAAUUUAGUAACCAUAGUCGAGUCAAUUCGCAACGAUUCUCUAGACGAAUAGCAUAACUUCUUAAAAACGUGGAUAUGGUAGUAUUUGUAAAGAAUUUUAACUGGAUCAAGCAAAUUAUAAACGGAGUAUUUCAGCAACAGGUGCUCAAACAUUAAUUGUGCAUCCUUCCCGCUAAGGAUUGUAUGGUGGUAAAUGUCGAACAGCACUUCAGUUCUCCCCGAAACUCACUUCCUAAGUAGGCUACAACUAUUUUGAUGGUCUCUUCGUCUUUGUUUUUAAUAUCAAAACCAUGAGGAUCCUCUUCAGAAACCUACGCCUCAGUAGAUGUUCCAUUAUCAUUGGGACUGCGUUGGUGUCAUUGAUUGGUGUCAUCUUUAUGACGAUGGACGUCAAUGUCUCACUACCAUAUAGGGGAGAGCUCAGAGUGUGGCGUAAGAACCACACAGGUUGGCAUUGGAACACCUCUGCCUCCACCACACCACUGCUGGCACAGCCUACUGUGGAUGUUUUCAAGUGCUCCCUCAAUGACAGCAUGCAGAAUAUUCCGUCCUCUGUCCCACCUCCCCACCGUAACUUCCUCAUGUAUAAACACUGCAGGACAUUCCCCCGCCUGCUGUCUCCAACACCCUGUGAGAAUGACCUUUUUCUCCUGCUGGCCAUUAAGUCCACAGCCAUCCAGGUGGAUCGCAGGAUUGCACUCCGGAGCACUUGGGGGAAGAGAGGAUAUGUUCAGGGUAAAAGGGUGAAACUGUUGUUCUUAGUAGGUAAGUCGUUAGACAGAAUACAGGGAUUCCUGCUGCAGCAGCUACUGGAGUGGGAGAGCAGGCAGUUUGGGGACAUCCUGCAAUGGGAUUUUGAGGACAGUUUUUUCAACCUGACCCUGAAGGAGGUCCACUUCCUGAACUGGUUCACCUUGGAGUGCCAGUGGGCCCACUUUGUGUUCAAAGGGGACGAUGACGUUUUUGUUCACACAAGCAAUCUGGUUGAAUAUGUUAAAGGCCACAAGCCCUCGGAGCAACUCUUCGCUGGUGACAUAAUUUCAAGAGCCUAUCCAAUCCGGCACAACCAAUGGAAGUACUUCAUACCAGAGGAGAUGUACCCCAACAAGCCAUAUCCUCCAUACGCUGGCGGUGGGGGCUACCUGAUGUCACGUCAGACUGUGCUGAGCCUGGGAGUGGCAGUGUCCAGCACUGACCUCUUCCCCAUUGAUGAUGUCUUUGUGGGCAUGUGCCUGCAGAAGAUUAAUGUGACGCUGACACACCACUCUGGCUUCAGAACCUUUGGGUUCCAUCAGGUGGUGUCACAUUUCAACCCCUGCAUUUACAGGGAGAUCAUGCUGGUACACAAACUGAAUCCCACCGAGAUGUGGACCAUGUGGUCUCUACUGCAGGACACAAAGCUGAAGUGCUUUAGAUUAAGGAUAUGAGGCAUCAGGUGUUGUGUGUAUCUUGCUGUACUUGUCUGUCUCACUACUGUAAAAGAAGCAUUCCUUUCAUAGAGAAAUUAUCCUUAUAAAUGGUCAAAAAUAGCUUCCUUUCCUUCAUCGAUAUUUCUAUUUGAAGUAUUCUGACAUAUUGGCUUUACUGUGUAUUCUGUUCAGCAAAGAUGGUGUACGAGCCCUACGGAGAUUUGAUACUUUUGACAAGGAAGUUUGUAGAAUUUUUCUUGGGUUCUGGAAGGUCGAACAGAAACUUUAAAAACAGGUCUAGUGGGUUACAGAGGUACGUACUGAUGGGUAACAAACUUAACAGGUCUAGUGUGCUGUGGGGAAGGGGAGCUGUGGUGUACAAUUAUUAUAAACAAUCAAUUGUUUGAGGGAGCAGUGAUGAACUUGUCUACUAUAGCUGAAAUCUGUGGGUUGUAAAUGUAUAUUUAAAUGUGAUGUCAUAAUGCUUUCUGAAACAUGUGGUCAUUUCCAGGGUUUUGUCAGUUUCUAUUCAGAUGAACUUUAUUGCAUAGCAGGGCCCGUACUUUCUUAUGAGGAAGUAGAUUGUGUAAAGAAAAUAUAAGAGAACAACAUUAAAAGAAAUAGUGUAAUAUGAAAUGUGUUUGAAGGGUAAUUUCAUGUGAGCUCCUGCAAAUGUUUUGAGACACAAUCCUUUAAAAAUGUAUCCAUAAAUUGAAUUCAUUUUUGUACAGAUAUUCAACAUUUAAAAAGUUAGGUACAAAAAUGCAUGAGCAUUAUACCAUCUUUAAAAUACUGUAUCCUCUUAAAUUAUAAUUGAAUUACGCAACGUUCUUGUAAAGGCCAUUUUAAAAAAGAACCAAGGAUUUUAAGAUAGGAGAUAAAUAAAGUGUGUGCAGUUCUUUAGGUUUGUUUAGCAGUUUCAACCUUGACCACGAUCCCACUGUCCUAUGAGCCUGAGGUCAGGUGUUUUUUUUACUGAAAGUCAACCAGUGUUGGGUUUCACUGUUCCAACACUUCCAGUCAGCAGGAGCCAGCUAUAUCCCUCUGCAUACCUUUCCACCACACAACUAUCACACCGACAAAUUGACAAGGCAACCUUUUUAAAAUUGUGUCCAAUCGUAAAAAAGAACUAUAGCCUCUCAACUUUGCACUCUGAAGAGGCAUGUAAAUUUGUGCACCUCACCACUUCCUUGUGGGUGACACCUGUUUUUCAGCAGUCAUGCAAAAUGUGAUAGAAUGUACUGUAUGUGGUUGAAAAGGUGGCUGUUGUCUGUUUGUAUACUGAACAAAAAUCUAAACGCAACAUGUAACAAUUUAAUUGAUUUUACUGAGUUACAGUUCAUAUAAGGAAAUAAGUCAAUUUAAAUAAAUUCAUUAGGCCCUAAUCUAUGGAUUUCACAUGACUGGGAAUACAGAUAUGAAUCUGUUGGUCACAUAUACCUUUAAAAAAAAGGUAGGGGUGUGGAUCAGAAAACCAGUCAGUAUCUGGUGUGACCAUUUGCCUCAUGCAGCGUGUCAUAUCUCCUUUGCAUAGAGUUUAUCAGGCUUUAGAUUGUGGCCUGUGGAAUAUUGUUCCACUCCUCUUCAAUGGCUGUGUGAAGUUGGUGGAUAUUAGCGGGAACUGGAACACUCUGUUGUACACAUCGAGCCAGAGCAUCCCAAACAUGCUCAAUGGGUGACAUGUCUGGUGAGUAUGCAGGCCAUGGAAGAACUGGGACAUUUUUCAGCUACCAGGAAUUGUGUACAGAUCCUUGCGACAUGGGGCUGUGCAUUAUCAUGCUCGCCCAAACAAUGCCAUACAUGUGGUCUGCGGUUGUGAGGCCGGUUGGACAUACUGCCAAAUUCUCUAAAACAAUGUUGGAGGUGGAAUUUUUAUUCUUGAACUUAUUUAGGCUUGCCAUAAGAAAAGGUUUGAAUCCUUAUUGACUAAAGACAUUUCAGAUUUUCAUUUUUUAUUAAUUUGUAAACAUUUCUGAAAACAUAAUUCCACUUUGACAUUAUGAGGUAUUGUGUGUAGAUCAGUGACACAAAAUCUAAAUGUUAUCAAUUUUAAAUUCAGGAAAACAAGUAUUUCCAAUGUCACAACUGGUAAUUACCACCAUUCCACUUGGUUAUGAAUGCAGAAUUACAUUCUCCACAAACAUGGUGUAUUAUUCUGUGGUGGAGAAAGCCCCAGAGGUAGACUGGGCACCAGUCUGUUUGUGCCAUCAUGCCACCCCUUGUCAUGCCAAACAGCUGACAUGAUAGCACAAACAUAUCUGGCACUAGGCUACCCCAACGGCACAAUUAUGUGUGACCUGCUUACUUUUGGUAUGAGACAAAAUAAGUUUGCCGCUUGAAGCCUAUUGUAGGCCUAUUUCAUAUACGAGCAAUUUCACAGUAAAAGAGUGACAUUGACUCAAAUCAAAUGUUAUUUACCACAUGCUAUAAUCUGAUGAUGUGUGUAGUUUUAGUCAGAAUUAGAACAAGGACAUUUUGUUCCUUUUUAGUAUGUAAACAGGGUGCAAGUGCGAAACAAAUGAUAAGAGGAGCUAUCAACAGACAAGCUGGACUACUGUGUUCCUUACAGGACAUUCUGUCUCCACCCGUGGAGGGGAGAAACUGUUGGGCUCACAGAAAAUUAUGAAAUGAGUUGCAGAUUAAAGAAACAAUGUAUCUGUAUAGUGGAAAAAUACAGACUGCCUGAGCAAGGCAUAGUUUAAGAUUUUAACUUGUAUGCAUGUGCGAAGGAUACCUACUGUUUGUGUGUAUGUAUGUGCGUAGGAUAUCUACUGUUUGUGUGGAAGUAUGUGCCCAGCUAUAAAAUGGAUGUCUUUUUAUAAUGGACUUCUCAUGAAUAAACUACUAUCUUUUUGCAUAA